AUGAAUGGUGGGAACUCCAACCUUUUUUCGCAGUUUCCCUUGAAGGUUCGAGGUCCAGCACUGUCAGGGAGUUUCCCAGGCUCCUUUGCAGACCCUCGUGACGCAAUGGCUUGCACGAACAGCAACAUGGCGGCGGGCAGUAGCUCUUCUUCUUCAAACUUUGAUACAAGCCAACAGGUUGAUCGAAUAGCCCUGUUAUAUCCUAAAGUAGUUGAGUCUGAAACCCCUUUGCCGAGAUCUUGGUCUCCCAAAGACAAGUUUACUUUUAUUGGACUUUCACAAAAUAAUCUCAAAGUACACUAUAAAGGUAGGCGAGAGAUAUGGAGCAUUUUUUGUGUUCUUCGAAGUUCUCGAGCCCUGAUAUUAUAAGGCGUAUCAUCUGAAUGCUCUUACUGAAUUCUCAACUUGUAUAGGAAAUUUCAAAAGCAGGAUAGUCUAAGAUAAAGUUAUCUGUUUGCAAGCACGGCCGUUCAAGGACAUCUUUGAAAAAUGUAUCAGAAAUCCAAUGCAAAACUGACCAAAGCUAGCGCGCUUACAUUAAGCUUUUCUUCGGUACGUACAUGGAGGUUGGAGAACGCAUAAGAAUAAUCACUGCGUACAGAUAGCGAUCGAUAGUUGCGCCUUAUCCAGGUCUGAAAACAAAGGAUAGCAACAAAAUUGUUAAAGCUUUUAAAAGUUAGCUCCUGGUGCGGUAAUCGUGCAUUUUUGGCUGUAAACAAAACCCUUCUUUUGUAUUAAAAACAGGUGUAGGGAAAACACACAAGGACGCGGCUUCGGUAAGAGCCACUCAUCCCAUCCCGGCAGCUUGUGGUAUUUAUUAUUUUGAGGUGCGAAUAGUGAGCAAGGGCCGUGAUGGGUAAGUUAUGAAAUAGAUGCAAGCUUAUCAUUCUAAUAUUUUUUUUUUAAUGAGACAAUGAUAUUUUAUAAGAGAGCAAAACAUACAACAAUGAAUUUAAUAUCCAUAUGCUCAAGUUUAUUACUGGUAUGUAUAAUUAUAUAAUUCUGGCUAUUUUUUCACUUAUUGGACUUUUUAGCAGGUGUUUCAGAAGGAAUCUAGCUACUGUGGGAACUAAGAAAAAAUUUGCCGGAAGAAUUAUUUAAUGAAAUCCAAUGCCAAAGAGAGAGCUUAAAGCACUUACAUUUUAUUGAAAAAAGGGAAAGUGGAUUAUAAUGUAUCUUUAUUCUUAUCAGGUUUUUAUUGAUAUAUAAUGCAAAUAAUCAAUGCAGUAGUUUUAAUUUGUUAGAUCUGGCUAUUUUUGACUAAAAGUGAAAAAAUUAUUUAAAAAAAACAGCUGGGAGAGUAGGAGGCAGCAAUUAAAACUGGAAGAGUUCCAAUCAAAUUAUUGGAAUUGAAGUCUGCAAAAAUUGCUUCUUUAUAACCAUAGCUGGUAGAAUGACCUGUGUGGGAAGCGACUAUUUUAGAGAGUGAUAAAGUAACAACUGAAUUUUGGGGUGGUUCAGUGGUUCCAAUCAAAUUAUUGGAAUUGAAGUCUGCAAAAAUUGCUUCUUUAUAACCAUAGCUGGUAGAAUGACCUGUGUGGGAAGCGACUAUUUUAGAGAGUGAUAAAGUAACAACUGAAUUUUGGGGUGGCUCAUCAGGAAACCUUGUUAGUUAACGGUAUCUGCACCGCCAAAUUUUGCAUAUUUUUGCAACAUUAUUAUAGUUAUUAUAUUGAUAAUUCCUCUGUUCUUGAGGAACUAAAACAUAUCAAAAUAAAUGAUGUUAUGUCACCCAGAAGGUGUUAAGUUAAUUACCCCCUAGGUUGGAACAGAAAGAGAAAAAUAAAAAAUUCAGAAGAAUCCGUAGAGUUAUUGUUAAAAAAGAAAUGUAACACAAAUAAGGACGCAAGAUAGAAUAAUCCUGUGUUUGACCAAGGCACAGCUCCAAUUAAUCUACCUUCUAGGGCACAAUUUGCUAUUUUAAAAUUUGAUCCACAUUUGAACAUCAAUAACUCAGUUGUACGGCAAUUCUAACCUUUGGUCAAACACAGAUCUCUUCAUUAACAUGCUCUUUGUGUAUUUGCCAAAUUUCACAGAGAAAUGAUAACCCAUUCCUCCAAAAAAGUGGUUCCCAUAAGUCAAGGUGAAUCGGUCACGCUGUAAUUAACGUUUUUCCAGGGUAAAAAAGCUUAUUUUCUUCUCAAAAUCAACUGUUCUUCCUCGAUACUACCAUCACAGACCUUCUUGCCUGCCAUUUUGAAUCACUGCUGUGUAAAAUGCUCGUGGAAGCCUAAACAAAUGCCAAAUAACCUCUCUAUAGCCCCCUUGGAUUUUGAUACGUGACCAGUUGCUAGGUGUGAUGCACUUCCAAAAGGUGUGUUACUCAGUGCCAGCUUUAAUGCAAUGUGGCAUGCCAAAGAGUGAAGAUUGAAGGAGAGUUUCAUUGAAAAUCGAAAAAGAGUUGCUUCUGUAAAGAGAAAGAAAUUGGUAGAAAAACAGACUAGAGGAUUAGGACCUAGAGAACAUUUUACUCUCCCAGCAAAAUUGUCAGAAUAUAUCAGGUGAGCAUGCACGCCGAUGUGAUAAAAAUUUUACACAAUAAUAAGUCCUGGAAAACGGAGUAUAUUUCAAGAAUGUUACGUAUUUUAACUAGAAGCAAGUAAUAUUAGAUCAUCACAGCUUGAACAGAAGCAAGAAAAAUCAAAUUGGACAUACAGCGGCUGUAGGUUGUCAAUGAAUCCAAGCAGUGAGUAAAGUUGUUGAGCGCAUCAAUCGAAAUUGAUGCUGAAAAGGGGAGUCAAAUUGCUCUCCUGGUGUCUCCUGCAGUCUUGUUUCUUAGUAACUGAAAUGAAAAUUGUUCUUAACUUCCAGUAAAUUGGUCAACUUUUGAGUAGAUUUUCUCUAAAUGCAAAGGUAUAUUCGAAAAAGAAAACCAGAUAUGCAUAUUACAUGAUCUGAACUUACUGUAGAAAGAUUUGAGGCCAAAAUAAAAUGUUGAAAAUUUGCCGGUGCAGAUACUUUAACUAAAUUGGUAUCUUGGCCUUCAGGAAAGCAGUUCUCAAAUUCAUCACAAUGUGCCUUGCUUGCUUCUUCUAGGUAUAUGGAAAUAGAGGCUGGUUGCUUGAACACUUAACAUUAACUCUGUACUUUUUUUGUUUUUUUUUCCUUUGGUAGAUACAUGGGUAUUGGUUUAUCUGCGCAGGGAGUCAACAUGAAUAGAUUACCAGGUAAAUUUUUGUUACCGAUGUACCUCUUUUAAGGGAACCCCCUUUAAUCCUUUUACAAGGGCACAUUUUGGACAAAUUUGCAUAAAUCCUUAAACAUGCAGCCCCAUCUCUUUGCAGUAAAGUCAAAGACCUUCAACCCAACCUUAUAGUUUCCUGUCAUAGUUAUAGUUUCCAAACAACCAUGGACUGACUGCUAUCCAAUAUUCCUUUCAAAGUAAUCUGUCAUUGUCCUUUACCCAUUUCAUUUACUUUAAUGAAAACCUUUGUAAUGAAUCAAAUGUCUUUAACUAUGAAUAAACCCAAAGAAUCCAUCCUUUCAUGUUGUGAAGGAACAGUUGCAUAUAGGGAAUCAUCGUACUAUAAACUGUUGCUUAUAAGUCCUGGGUUUAUACAUCUUAUACCGUAAAAUUCCGAAAAUAAGCCCCGGGGCUUAUAUUUUUCAAAGGCUAUUUUGGAGGGGCUUAUUUUUGGAGGGGCCUAUAUUCGGAGGGGCUUAUCUACGGAGGGAAAUUUGCGUUUCAAAAUCGGUAUAGUUGGAAGUAAAUUUCCCGUUUUUGCUUUGUUUUACUUUCUAUUUGAGGGCAGUUUUUCAAGUACAAGCCCCCGGGGGGCUUAUAUUUGGAGGGGCGAUUUAACGGAAGGUUUUUUGCGUUACCUGUUUGGGGGGCUUAAAUUUGGAGGGGCUUAUACAUGGAGGGGCUUUUUUUCUGAAUUUUACGGUAUCCUAGGGGGCUUGUAACUGGAAAAGAACAAGCACUUCACAACAAGCUACAUUUACAGUAGUACUGAUCAAAAUACAUUUUUUUCCACUGGUUUUUAAUUAAGUUUCAAAAUUAUCAAAUUCAUUUUAAAACAAGUUAAAGGGGGGCUUCUCUCUGGGGGUGGGGGUGGGGGUGCAGGGGGGAGGGGGGUUGGAGCUUAUAAUCAAAUGUGUUUUUUUUUUUACUGGUAGAUGGGCCUUUAACUGAGGGCUUAUAAGAGGAGCGGCUUAUAAGCGGCAGUUUACGAUAAUUUAUGACUGUCUUAUCAACUUUUAGGUUGGGAGAAGAAUUCUUAUGGCUAUCAUGGAGAUGAUGGUCACUCAUUCUGUUCUUCUGGGAAUGGAAAGCCUUAUGGGCCUACCUUUACAACAGGAGAUGUCAUUGGCUGUGGUGUCAAUCUCAUCGACAACACUUGUUUUUACACAAAAAAUGGAGUUAACCUUGGUAACUUUUGCAUUUUGAGUUGUUUGGUAGACUUUACAUAGUGAUUUGUUUUUGCCAUUUAAUCUCCUUUGAAAGUGUAAAUAUUGUAAUAAUAUUAUAUGUAAAUUUUUUUCUUCAGGAAUAGCCUUCACAGAUUUACCAGUAAGUUGCAAAAUUUCUGUGUCAUUGUUUAGAACUAGUGUUAUUUAUUGAAGGGCCUGUCAUCUUGUAAUAUGCACAGCUUAGGUUGCUAGAUGUCAGAGAUGUUAUUACGUUUGAAGCAGGCAUAACUUGUAAAUUUCCACCCAUAACAGCUUACAACUGUUUGUAUUAGGCUUACAGUAUACAUAGUUUUUACACGUAUCUCAAAACAUGAGCAAAGUUUGAUUUCAGAAAUAAGAUUCCUUGAUUUCUUGUGAAGUUCCCUACAUAUCCCAUAACAUUAUCUUCAUAUGUUGCAUACUGUCAAGGCAAACUCAAAAUUAAGAUUAUUGUUAAUUCUCUAUUAAUUAAGCCCUCCUGCCAAAUUAUAUUAGUCUUCAUUUUGAUAAGCCCCCUCCUUUUCAGGGAAAGAAAGUUUAUAAGCUCCCCUUCUUUUAAGCCCUCCCUUCCCCUUAUUAUUCUUCACAAUAAAAAAAAUAAAUGAUAGACUGUAUUAGAUAAUCAGGACUGUGAUACUUCAUCUGGACUGAUCCAGUAUGGCUUAUUCAUGUGUCGAAAGAUUGGAUUUGUUUUUGAUCUUCAGGUGCAUAACCUCAAACAUUCUUGUUCUUAAGAUUUUCCUUUUUGCAUUCUAGUUCCUUAUGCUUAGUUAAAUCAUUCCGCCCUCCGUGGGGCUUAAUACAGAAUUUACGGUUAUGAUGUGAUUUUCUAUCUGGGAUUCAUAGGCUGCUGUAGUGACUGCAGAAACUGUAUUGAAGUGGUAAUGUGCUUGCCUUUCGCUACGAUUUCAAUCUGUAAGGAAAAUUAAACAGGCUUAUUCAUAAGUCAAGCUAAUGCCUUCAAUUAACUGCAUUUUCCAAGUUAUCCUAUGCCUAAAAAAACAAAAACCAAAAAAGUAUGGUUAAAAAGUCCUAAAUAUGAAGAAAUUAUUUCUCCAAUGGCAAUAAUAAAGCAUAUAUACUAAGGCAGGCAAAAACAGCAGGAUAAUUUUUUUCAUUGCUUUUUAAAAGUUAAGUUGAAUUUCAAGUUAAAAGCCAAACACCAGAGCCAACCUGAUGGUUACACCCUCACCAUCUUGAAAUAUUUAGACAUAAUUAUUUUCCUCUCCUUGUUUAUUUUUUGCACAGCCAAAUUUGUACCCAACCGUUGGACUCCAAACUCCUGGUGAAGUAGUUGAUGCCAACUUUGGGCAAAAGCCAUUUAUGUAUGACAUUGAGGAAGUGAUGAAGGUGUGUGUGCAGAAUUUUGACAGUGGAACUUGCUUUAAACAGACACUAAAGCUGGAUAUGUUCAUUGCAGUAUCUGGGUAUCUGUGAUAAGCGGUUUCUUAAAAUAAUGUAAAAAUUUUGUGCAGGUGACUGUGAAGCAGAGCUUGACUUUAUUAAGUUUUUUAGUGUGUUAGGUAGAUGGUAUGGUGAUUCAGUGUAGAUUUUAGUUCAGAAACUGUCACUUCCUCAUUUGAUCUGGGACAGUUCAUCAAGAUCAUCUUGAGAAAAAAGCAAACAAAACUUGAACAUUUUUACCUUUUAAAUUUGUUGCCUUUGCUUUUAGGAAGUCCAUGCUAGAACACGGCGUACAAUACAAACAUUUCCAUUUACAGACAAAGAAGGACUGUGGCAGACAACACUACAAAAGUAAAUACUAAUACUACUAUCAUAAUGUUUUUGUUUUAAUCCUUAAGCGUGUGUUCAUGAGCAAAUUUCUCCUGUUAGUACCAGUGCUUUGUAUAACAGGGUGUCUUUCAUGAGAAUUUAGGACAUACUCAAAGAAGAAUUUGCUUUUUAAAAUAUUUCGAAAACACCUCCCCGCUUUUUCAAUAGAGAAUCAAAAGGGGCAACGAAUGAGAAUUUAAAUUUCAAUCUCAGGGUAAAAGACGUGAUGAUAUACAGUGGAACCCUACCUUUAAUGUGAACAUUUCAUUAAUACGACCAUAAUAAUAAUAUAUCAUUCUUUCGCCAAUAAUCUUUAAAAAAAAACACUUGGUUCUUUUCUUUUCUAGAAAGGUUUCUUUGUUCAGCCUUCUUUCUUACAAAAUUCUGGUUUAUGUAUUUUUGUGUUAUCUCUCUUUCUAUUUUGAUUUGAGGUUGUUGUUAUAUUGUAGGAUUGUGUCAACAUACUUGGUCCACCAUGGUUACUGUGCUACUGCAGAGGCCUUUGCUAAGAGUACAGGGCAGUCUUUUACAGAGGAGAUGGCAUCCAUCAAAAACAGACAAAGUGAGUCUUAAUUUGAGUACAGAAAACAGACGCAAGAAAUGAUACAUGUGCAGUGUUUAUUUAUUGCCCUUUGGCAAUGUUUUUUACAUUAACCCUCCUCAAACAGGAGCUAUGCUGCACAUUUUGAAAUACCUGACACGUGGUGCAAGCAUUUUUUUCUGCAAGCAGUCACUGUAUUUUUCCAUGUAUAGUUUAAAUCUUUGAUUUUGGAAGCAGAGAAUGGAUGGGGAAAGUAGAAUGUAUGAUCAAAAGAAACAUAUUCGAGUGCUUACAUGUGUAUCAGUGUUAUGCCCACCCUUCUCCCUCCCCCCCAAAGUGAAGUGGAGACCAGCUUACUGACUGAAUAACUAGAAGCUCCUUCUACAUAAAUGGAUGAAGGUUUUGUGAGGUGAAGGCAUGUUAUUUGUUGGUCUGCCCUAAAACUCUCUUAAUUGCACACAUCUCUGUAAGGCAGGUAUGUAGAAUCUAGACAUUUUACACACAGUGUCUGUGUUUGAUUUAGUUUAUUGUUUAUUAUUUUAUCUGUUUCAUGCUGGCUGUAUCUGUAAUAGUAGUAGUAAUAUUUGAAAAUCUUUCUCUGCAUUCAGAUUAUAAAUUUCAGUCUUUCUCUUCCUUUUAGGAAUACAAAAGCUUGUUCUUGCAGGCAGAAUAGGAGAAGCAAUUGAAACAACACAGACAUUAUACCCAGGACUCUUAGAACGGGAUCCUAACUUGCUUUUUCUGUUAAAAUGCCGACAAUUUGUUGAAAUGGUCAGUGGAUGUGACAGUGAUGUACGUCCGGCAGCACACAGUCCACGUUCAAGCCCAAAUGUUAGUCCAACUCAUUCAUACAGUGCCACCUCAGUAGGAAGUGUUGGAAGCAGUUCAUCUUCAGCUACGAAUGGAUUUGUGACUAAUGGUACAUGUAUAGACAAUGGAUUUGAUGCCGAUAAUAUGCCAAUGGAAGUAGAAGAGUUUGAAGAAUCAUCUAGUAAUGGACUUUUAAAUGGAACUGCAAAAAUGGAAGAGAAUGAUUACAGUCCUAGUAGAGGUAUUUGACUAUAGAUUUAUCACUUAAAUCAGUUUGUUUUAGACAGGGGAACGCAAAGGGCUAAGCCUGAGUAUCAAGAUCACCAAAACUCAGUGAACAUCAUCAAACAGUGUAUAAAUGAAUAAUCUAAGCUCCUAUUGUAAAAACCACGAUCCAACUGGUUUUCAUCUGCAAAAUGAAUGAAGACCUGAAGGUGCGAGAAAUCAAACCUACUAUUGUUGAUCUACAAUGUGUACAUUACACGUUUCAAUGUCACCUUUUUUAUGCAGGACAUGUGGGUUAUACUUGGGGCUACCUAGACUUGUACGCAAUGAUGGUCACAAAGAGAUUUUUUUAUGAUUGUACAUUUUGUUUAUGGGACUGCAAUCUUUUGGAUUCAAUUUGUUUGGUUCUAAGUCAGAAACACUACCAAAAACAGUUUCUCACCAUGCGGUCUUUUGUUUGUUCUUCCCUGUUGCAGUGGAAUCAAGGCAAACUUGCUGUCACAACAGAACCGUACUAGAAAAGAUAUUGACAUUUGGGAGAGAACUACAAAAUAUGAGCAUCCAGCUUAGAAGAGAACACGGCAAAAAUGAAACAAAUAAAAAGGCUCUUCAGGUAAGUAUUUAUACUGGGGAUGUGUAAGUCGUGUGAGACAUUCACAUGUACAUGUAAGUCGUCUUCUGUCGUCCAGUGUAAAAGGACAGAUGCAGUUAACAUCUGAUGACAUGAACAUCUUUUGUUGACUUGAACAUCCAGGAUUAAAAUGGGAGCCAUUAACUGGGACCCAUUAAUUUUGUGCCUUACUCGUCCAGAAAUGAUCAGGAAGAGUCAUGAUGUCUUUUAAUCAGAAAACUCUGCUUUUAUUCAAUACUUUGUCUGACUAUUGUGCAUCCUGUGCAAGUCAACUUUUUUAACAUUACUGUCUACCAUAAACUUAACGGCAAUUGUUAAGUGCUUCAUUGGAUAUCCAGAUGCUGAGAUCUGAAGUGCAUUGAAUAAUACUGAUCAGUAUUAAACCGUUAAUGAUUUUUUUCAUUUAGGGUGAAGUAUGACCCUGUAUAUUAUUUUCUCAAAUGGCAGUUAUUCCAUCAAACUUUUUAUCUGUUGUUAUAAAAAAAUCCCCAGUGGAUAGCUGAGGUAAUGAUGUGAGUUUUUUUGAAUUGAAAUUCUAGGAGGCUUUUAGUCUACUUGCAUACACUGAUCCUUGGAGCAGUCCUGUUGGCUAUCUUUUAGAUCCUGUUCAAAGGGAACCAAUAUGCUCUUCUUUAAAUAGUGCUAUUUUAGGUAAGUGAGAACAACCUUGCAAAUCUGUCACCUGAAAGUAGUAAUUAAGAGACAGUUAUUGGUGUGAGUUAUGUUGCACAUCAGUGCCUGAUCAGCAGCAAGGAUGGGGAAGCAGACAAUGGAAUGGAAUUGAGAAUCCUCAUGUUUACUUUAUAUUGUUGUAUUGGAUUUUAGUCGCGUAUGCUUCAAGUAAAGACUUGCAUUAAUUUUUUUAAAUCCCUCGAUAAAUUUGUGGAAUUGUGAGAUUUUGAGCUGGUGUAAUAAACUGAGGUUAAACCCAUUUUCUCUGUAGCACAGUUGAAACAUUCAUUUUGCUCCAGUGUUACUUUAGUUCAUGGCUUGGGAAAUGAAAUUCUUUACACUAAGAAUGCUCCCUUGGUAGAUUGUACAGGUUAGAUGAAACCAAGCUUUACUUUCAACAUGGAUUAAUAACCCUUUAAAGGUGUUUCUUGGGAACUUCCAUGGAGUGCAAGUGACUAAUCCAACCCUAUGUUUGUAGCUAUCUAGUGUGCUCCUAUUUCAUUUGCUUUUUUCCUUUUACGUUUUCUUCUAAUGUAUUUUUCUUUUUUGUGCCCUUAGAUUCUCAUCAAUUGCCCAGGAAACCUCCCCUGGAUUUAAUAUUGGGACAGGCUCAGGAAUGUUUAAAACUCAUGUCAAAAUGUGGCCUAGGAGCAUGUGCAUUUGCCAGCGUAGAAGAAUACAUGUAACAUGUUUGGAGUGAUAGAGGAUUUAUUAGGUGGCUGCUUGGAGAUAUGAAAUUUCUCUUUGAGUGUUAAAAGCGAGUGAAAUAUAUUUGAAUACAAGGAGAAAUUUCAUAUCUCAAAGCAGCCAUGUAAUGUUCUUUUAUUAUUUUUUUUAUAUAAACACCAAUGAAAUACCAAACCAUUUUACUUUACGGUCAGGCCAGGUCAAGCGUACAUUCCAAGAUUUCAUCAAUGAAUUUGUUAUUCAAAAGUUGAAUCUGUUAGUCAUGGCUG